CCUUUGUCAUAUUUCUCUUUCUAUACCUUCCAUUUUUACUUAUUCAUUUUAUUAAUCAAUUGUAAUAAAUAUUAUUUUCCAAUAGUUGUAUCCCAACAAUCCAUAAUAAAUACACACACACAUUCAGUUUCAUUACAUAUCCAUUAUACAUUCUCUCUACUCACAAAAAAAAAACAACUACUCUCUCUUUUUCCAUCACUUGAAACAUUUUCCGGCCAAUAAUAUUAUAACAUGGAUAACAAGACCAACAAACAUCGCGGCGGUAACGGCGACGGUGACGAUAAUGAAGAUCAAGAUCAAGAAGAUACUAAAAAGAACAACAACAACAAUAACAGCAACAAAGUUUCGUUGCUUAAACUGUUUAGUUUCGCAGAUUUUUACGAUUAUGUUUUGAUGGGCAUUGGUACAAUUGGAGCCAUAAUUCAUGGAGCUUCGGUUCCCAUUUUCUUUAUCUUCUUUGGAAAAUUAAUAAACGUUAUUGGAAUGGCUUAUCUUUUUCCCAAAGAAGCUUCACACAAAGUUGCCAAGUAUUCGUUGGAUUUUGUAUAUCUAAGUAUAGCUAUAUUGUUUUCAUCAUGGACAGAGGUGGCUUGUUGGAUGCAUACUGGAGAAAGACAAGCAGCAAAGAUGAGAAUGGCAUAUUUGAGAGCAAUGUUAAGUCAAGAUAUUAGUCUUUUUGAUACUGAAGCUUCUACUGGUGAAGUUAUUUCUGCUAUUACAAGUGAUAUUAUUGUUGUUCAAGAUGCACUUUCUGAAAAGGUGGGUAAUUUCUUGCAUUACAUAAGCCGAUUUGUGGUGGGAUUCAUAGUAGGGUUUGCAAGGGUUUGGCAGAUAAGUUUGGUGACUCUGUCUAUAGUCCCAUUAAUUGCAUUGGCUGGAGGUGUCUACGCUUAUAUUGCUACCGGUCUUAUUGCUAGGGUCCGAAAAUCUUAUGUCAAGGCUGGUGAGAUCGCCGAAGAGGUAAUAGGAAAUGUGAGAACGGUGCAAGCAUUUGCAGGGGAAGAAAAGGCAGUGAAAAUGUACACGUCAGCACUUGCCCACACAUACAUGUACGGACGAAAAGCAGGGUUGGCUAAGGGUUUGGGUUUGGGGUUCAUGCAUUGCACCCUUUUCCUCUCUUGGUCUUUGCUUGUGUGGUACGUUAGCAUUGUUGUCCAUAAGAGCAUAGCCAAUGGCGGCGAGUCUUUCACUACCAUGCUUAACGUCGUCAUCGCUGGCCUGUCAUUAGGACAGGCAGCUCUAGAUAUUUCUGCAUUUGUUCGAGCUAAGGCAGCAGCAUAUCCCAUAUUCGCGAUGAUAGAGAGGAACACUGCAAGCAAGUCUAGUGCCAUGAGUGGCCGAAAGUUAGGAAAACUCGAGGGACACAUCCAAUUCAACAAUGUGACAUUUAGUUAUCCAUCAAGGCCUGAUGUAACAAUCUUCAACAAGUUGUCUCUUGACAUUCCUUCGGGGAAGAUUGUUGCUCUUGUCGGGGGAAGUGGUUCGGGCAAAAGCACAGUCAUUUCCCUAAUCGAACGCUUCUAUGAACCUCUUUCGGGUGAGAUACUAUUGGAUGGGAACAAUAUUAAAGAGCUUGAUCUCAAGUGGAUGAGGCAACAAAUUGGACUUGUUAAUCAAGAGCCUGCACUCUUUGCAACUAGCAUUAGGGAGAAUAUUCUUUAUGGGAAAGAUGAGGCUUCACUUGAUGAGAUCACUCGUGCUGCUAAACUUUCUGAGGCUAUUUCUUUCAUUAACAACCUCCCUGAAAGAUUUGAAACUCAGGUUGGUGAGAGAGGUAUACAACUCUCUGGUGGACAAAAGCAAAGAAUUGCCAUAUCAAGAGCCAUAGUGAAGAAUCCAUCAAUUCUUUUACUUGAUGAAGCUACAAGUGCCUUAGAUGCAGAGUCAGAGAAGAGUGUUCAAGAGGCACUUGACCGUGUCAUGGUAGGACGAACAACCAUCGUAGUUGCACAUCGCCUUUCCACCAUUAGAAAUGCAGACAUAAUAGCUGUUGUUCAAGAGGGAAAGAUAGUUGAAACAGGUUGCCAUGAUGAACUCAUUUCCAAUCCAAAUAGUGUCUAUUCAUCACUUGUUCAACUCCAAGAAGCCGCGCCUUUGCAGCGCAAUUCUAGCUUAGGACGCCCACCGAGCAUUAAGUUCUCGAGGGAAUUAUCGCGCACAACAACUAGUUUUGGUGCUAGUUUUCGGUCUGAUAAAGAUUCUAUUAGCCGAGUUGGUGCUGAUGGAGGAGCAGUUGAGCCUGCAAAGACAACAAAUGUUUCAGCUAAAAGACUGUAUUCCAUGAUUGGACCAGAUUGGCUUUAUGGAUUGUGUGGAACUAUCUGUGCUUUUAUUGCUGGAGCUCAAAUGCCUCUGUUUGCUCUUGGUAUUUCACAUGCUCUUGUGUCUUAUUACAUGGAUUGGGACACAACAAAACAUGAGGUCAAAAAGAUAUCCAUACUUUUCUGUUGUGGGGCUGUUGUAACUGUCAUUGUUCAUGGAAUUGAGCAUCUUUGUUUCGGUACCAUGGGAGAGCGCCUUACUCUUCGUGUGAGGGAAAGAAUGUUUUCGGCCAUGUUGAGGAAUGAGAUAGCAUGGUUUGAUGACACAAACAACACGAGCUCAAUGCUCUCGUCGCGAUUAGAAAGCGAUGCAACUCUGUUACGAACAAUCGUUGUUGAUCGCUCCACAAUUCUGUUACAAAAUGUUGGUUUGGUUGUGGCCUCAUUCAUCAUAGCUUUCCUCUUGAAUUGGAGGAUCACACUUGUUGUCUUGGCAACUUAUCCUUUGGUCAUUAGUGGUCACAUCAGUGAGAAACUCUUCAUGCAAGGCUAUGGUGGCAACUUGAGCAAAGCAUAUCUAAAAGCCAACAUGUUGGCAGGUGAAGCUGUGAGCAAUAUCAGAACUGUUGCUGCAUUUUGUGCUGAGCAAAAGGUGCUUGACCUUUAUGCUCGCGAGCUUGUUGAACCGUCGAAGCGCUCGUUCACUCGUGGCCAGAUUGCUGGAAUCUUUUAUGGGAUUUCACAGUUUUUCAUCUUCUCAUCAUAUGGCCUUGCCUUAUGGUAUGGUUCUGUUUUGAUGGGAAAAGAGCUGAGUAGCUUUAAAUCUGUGAUGAAAUCAUUCAUGGUUUUGAUAGUUACUGCAUUAGCAAUGGGAGAGACAUUGGCAUUAGCUCCUGAUCUUUUGAAAGGGAAUCAAAUGGUUGCGUCUGUGUUCGAGGUGUUGGACCGAAAAACAGAAGUAAGCGGGGAUUCGGGUGAAGAAUUAGCAUCAGUUGAUGGUACAAUUGAGCUAAGGGACAUCCAUUUUAGUUACCCUUCGAGACCUGAUGUUGUUAUAUUUAAGGACUUUAAUCUAAAAGUUCGUUCUGGGAAGAGUAUGGCUUUAGUGGGACAAAGUGGAUCAGGAAAAAGCUCAGUUAUUUCAAUCAUUCUCAGGUUCUAUGAUCCUACAUCAGGGAAGGUUCUUAUUGAUGGGAAAGACAUGAAGAAACUAAAGCUAAAAUCACUUAGAAAACACAUUGGUUUAGUGCAACAAGAGCCUGCACUUUUUGCUACAUCAAUCUAUGAAAACAUCCUAUAUGGAAAAGAAGGAGCAUCCGAAUCAGAAGUGAUCGAAGCAGCCAAACUAGCCAAUGCUCACAGUUUCAUAAGCGCCUUACCCGAAGGCUACUCAACAAAAGUAGGCGAAAGAGGUGUUCAACUCUCAGGAGGCCAAAGACAAAGAGUAGCCAUUGCAAGAGCUGUACUAAAAAACCCCGAAAUCCUUUUACUCGACGAAGCAACAAGCGCGCUUGAUGUUGAAUCUGAACGAGUUGUUCAACAAGCUCUAGACAGAUUAAUGAAGAACAGGACAACAAUCAUGGUUGCUCAUAGGUUGUCUACAAUCAAAAAUGCUGACCAAAUUUCUGUCAUUCAAGAUGGGAAAAUCAUUGAGCAAGGAACUCAUUCAACUCUUAUAGAUAACACAAAUGGACCUUAUUAUAAGUUGAUAAACAUUCAACAACAACAACAACAGCAGCAACUAUAGUAAAAUAAAAGAUUAAGAACAUACUACUAUUUCAAUUAAUAUAUAUUAUAUGGAUAAGAAAGAAGAGGGCUUUGUUUAAAUAUACUUAUCCUUUGUAAUAUAAGCUUUUCAUAUAUUUUUUUUUUCUUUACCAAAAAUAUUGACUUAUUAAUUGAGAAAAUUGUUUCUUUCUGAAUAAAAAUGUACUCUGAAUCUCUUAUCAGAGAACACUGUAAAAAAUAUAUAUAUUAUAUUGAAUUUUAUAAUCAGUUGGCUA